AUCAGCAACGAGGCUCGGUUUCACAAAACCCUGCAGCAAAUUUGGAAAAACGCCCAAGACCGCCACGAAGCGUUCCUCCAAACCGAUCCUCUGGAGGAAUUGGUGGAAGUGGAAAUUACCGACAGAAAUUCGAAUUCGACAACCACCAGCAAAAGAAAACAGAUCAUGACCCGUGGCAGCUUUCUGCAAUUGGAGCAGAAGGAUUUUAUGGAUCAAAUCAUGCAAUUCGUCCUGAAGUUUGCGAGCUACGUGCUGGGGAAAAACAUUACCAGCUUUUCGGACAUCUUGGCCAGUCUGGUGGAUGUGAUAUUACAAUGAAAAAUGCCUUUGCCUCCACCCCAGACCUCGGCAGCAUUUGCAUUGCCAAUCUUUCCAUUGGAAACAUUUCCCGUCUUGCAUAUAUCAGCAUCACAAAUUUUGUUCCAUGCUGAAUAGCUCAAAUUUGUGUUGCAAAGGAGCCCAAUAGCAGCCGGAUCUGUUAUGCAGAAGACACCUUGCCGCGUACCUAGAUCCUGCAUCAGAAAGGCUUGCAGUGCUUGAUGCAAGACAAAAAGCUUUCAUGAUUCGGAAACUUUGCAUGAGAAACUUUUGUAAAUUCCGGGGUGGGGGCAUUUUUCAUUGUAAUAUGUGAAGGCCAUCAUCCACAACAUCCAGAAGGCCGUCCUGUCGCUGCUCGGAAGCCUCGGCGAGAAGUUUAUCAAACCUUUGAUCAGCGUGUUUUCCCGGACCUUUUUCCAGGUGAUCUACGACCCGUUGGUGUCCACCUCUUCCCAGUUUCUCGGUGACACCAUUUCCGGCCUCAUCGGCGCGGGGUCGCCCGUGUCUUUCGUCGGAGGCAUGAUCGGCCCGACCAUCCAAAUGACACUUCUCCAAGUCGGAACCACCCUACAAGGCAUCGUGCUGCCUCUGUUCAAAAAAGCGCUGGAGGCGAUUCUCCCCUCGGCACUGACGAAACUUUUCAAAGGGGUCACCGAAUCCAUCGCGGAUGGGAACACGGAGGACGUGUUGAAGGGCGUUCUUGAGGUGGGGAGUAACGGGGGGGUUGUGGCAGAGGAGGACGGCGAUGGAGAUAGUACUUCUUCGACCACUAGUUUCGCUCAGAAAAACAAAAAAGCACUUGCAGCUGCGAUGAAGAAAACCUCAACGAAAGCGUCCAGCAGAAAAACACGGAAAGUGGCUAAAAGCAAACAAACAACGAAGAAACAUCAAAAGAAGUGGUUCAGCAGUCUUCGAAAGACGUUGACGAGCGCCAAGGAAUCGCUCUUCGGGGGCGGCGGGGGUAAGAAGACCACGACUACGACGCCAACCACGACUACAACGAGAAAGCCAACCACGACAACGCCAAAGCCAACGACGGCGGCGCCGGCACAUGACUACGAGCACGACGUCUACGAGGACGCGUUGAGUGGCAUCGUUGGUGAAGAAGACGACGACACUGAAGAAGUUGAGCGACCGGUACGGGAACAAGAACAAGUUGAGGACGAUGAAGGUGAGGAUGACUUGUACGAGGAUGCAGUUGAGAAUGAUGAUGUAUGAACUGCAAAAGUAUUGUACUCGUGUAAAUGCAUUACAAAUUUUCCCAGCAUGAGAAAUAAAAUUUGUAAUGCUGAUUUGCCUUGACAAAAAAAUUUGUAAUGCAAGACCUGCAUUUAUACGAGUACGAUACUUUUGCACAGGAUAUGAUGUUGACAAGCACGACGUCUACGAGGACACCAUGGAAGAUGAUGAUGCUGGUGAAGAGGAAGAUGAGUCUAUGCAAGGAAAAAACUGUGUAACUGUAAAUCUGUGAUGCAGAAACUGCAAAACAGUUUACACUUGUCAUGCUGGAGGUGCGUCAUAGGCUACUAUCAUACGUGUUUCCACUUACUAGCUGCGCAUGACAGGUUUUCCCUGUAAUGCAAAGCGAAUUUGUGAUGCUGCUCUUUCACUUUCUACAAAGUUACACUUACACAGUUUUUUUCCUGGAUACAGUCAGGCACCAGCGCUGGUCGUUCCUCCCGCCACAUUCAGGCCGUGAUCAACAGGGAGACGCAAAAAGUGAAGCGGGACCUAGAAACCGUGAACAAAGACCAAAUCUCCAACGACGACGAAGUGGAGCCCGGGAGUGGGGUGGUGGAUGGGGAAGAUGAGAUGGCGAGGGACAUGGCAAAACGGAUUGACAAGGCUGUGGUGGUGGUUCAUAAAACUAAAACCUCAAGCGAGAAGGUACACGGAUUUGUGGACGAUCAGGAUGAUGAUGAAGAUCAAGACGACACAUUCUCUUCCACCUCCUUAUGGAGUUCUCAAAUGUUACAUUCUCAACUGUUACAUGAUUUGUCAUGCAAAAUGACCAUGACCCGCCAGACGAUCAAGCUGCUUCGCAUGACAAUUUCUCGGAAGGCUAAGUAGCACUGUAAUCCGGAUCAAACCUGUAAUGCAAGACGCGCAAGGUUCUCCCUCUCACCUGUGCUAGUCUUGCAUUACAAAUUCAUGUAACAGUUGAGAAUGUAACGUUUGAGAACGCCAUACUCCUCUUUCACCGAGUUUCACGUCCACCUGAACCAAAAACACCAGUUCAAACUGUCCCUCCUGCAUUAUGGCGUUCUCAACUGUUACAUUCUCAACUGUUGCGUGAUUUGGCAUGCAAAAUGGGCAUCAACUUCAACGUCCACACAGUGAAGCUGCCUCGCAUGACAAAUUUUGGAAGGGCUAAGCAGCAUGGGAAUCUGUGCCGAAUUUGUAAUGCAAGAGUUGCAAGAUCCGGCCUUUUCCUGGUUCUUGCAUCACAAAUUCAUGUAAUAGCUGAGAAUGUAACAACAACAAGUGAGAACGCCAUAUGCACGAAAAAGUCCUGGAAAAGCGGCAGAAAUCGGAUUCCUACAGUGCCAUGAGUGAUUUCAUGAUCUCCGGGAUGAAAACGGCUUUCAGCUACAUCCGAACCAAUUACCUUCCGAAGUGCCCGGAGGGAAAUCAAGCGAGUCCGACCCAGAUGGCGCAGGCGAUUGACUCGUCUUCGCAAUUGGUGGAAAAUCUCCCUUUCUGGUCGACGUUUCAGGAGUAUCUGAAAUCGGUCAGUGAAGUGCAGCUGCGGGGAUUGGUGAGGUCUACGAUUGAAAAAGUGAUUGACGUGAUUGGCAGUGGAUUGUUCGAAACGGUCAUCCCUUUUUUGGUUUCGCUACCAGUCUAUCGACUGCAAAUAUGUCUGGGUCUGGAACGAUGCAGCUUGUGAUGCUAAAUUUGGAUCAUGGAAAAAUUUGUGUUGCAUGAUUACCAAAAGCUGUCCAGUUUUGACCAAGUUAGGCGGGAGUUUCUCAUGCAGGGUAGGCAUGAUACAGAUCUCACAGGAGAAUCUGUCAUGCUAGAUCCUGCAUUCCGGACCUCAUGCGUCAUGUUGGACCUGCAUGAGAAGUCUUGCACUCUUCUAGACCCAGACAUAUUUGCAUUUGAUACAGUCGUUGGAAACGCGAUUUCCUCGAUCAAGCCGGGGAUUCGUGCGGCGUUUAAUUACGUCGCGGAGAAGAUUUUGGAACAGGCGGAGAGAAUCGAGGACUGGCUGGCGGGAUUCGGGGAAGACAUGGGGGAAAGGUUGGUGAACAUGUUUCUCGAGCGGGUUCCGUGUCUGAACCUCGUGGAUCAUAUCCACAAAAAGAGACCUAGACCUAGUACGUACCCCCAUGAUCCAUUUUUUGCGUCACAAGCACCGGCUGUGACGCAUGUCCUUCUUGUUAUGCGUGACGAAUUGCCAAAUUGGAUGGGGAUUAUUUGGGGUCUUUUUUUGUGGAUAGAUCAGAUGGAGGAGUGGAUCUUGGGUCAGGUAUGAGAGUGCACAACCAUCCCUCCUUCUCAUUUGUAUAGCAUGAACAGGAAUACACACACCAGUACACGUGGAGCCAAUGCAUGACAAAUUUGCGUGCCUAAUGUAGUACUGUUUGGGCUUCCGGAAUUUAUCAUGCAUACAGUGCCACAAGGCAGCGACUGGAUUUGGGGUUUUGCAUGGCAAAUGAGGGGGAGGGGGAGCUGUGCACUACCAUAUCAGGCGGAAAUGGACGACAUGACCGAGGCGGCGCUGACAAAGGAGAAGGAGGAUGCAGAGGAGAAGGAUGCAGCUGAAAGUCAUGAUGUUGAUGACAGCGCUGCGGGUAGUACUACAGCAGAAGAAGAUGAUGAUGAUGACGAUACAACGGACGACGAUCACGACAACGUCUUUGUCGCAGAGGAAGAAGAUGAUGACGAUGAGGACCAAAAUUUCUCCACUUCUUCCGGCUUCGUUCAAAAGCGGAUGCAAAUGGACCGGUUUUUGCGCGGUAUCCAAGACGACGUGGUAGGUGGACAUCAAAAGCAAGGAGAAGAACACUUCGACGAUGUUGCCGGCCCCAACGACGACGACGACGAAGCGUUUGCGAAGGACAUCGUGUCGGUCAAGUUGCUGCGUCGCUUGAAUGUGCAUGCUGGAACAACUACUGGUCGUGCUGACCUGCAAGAACACUACAACUUCGAUGUCUUUUCCACGAACAACCUGACCCUGCUCGAGACGUCGUCAAGGUCGUACACAGCAGCACUCGCCACUGAAACAAGCAAAGUCCAGAUGAAACAAAAGAUGAAUCUGGACACGUUUUUCGCCAAGUUCAACGAGGUCAAAGAGCACAUCGUCACUGAAAUCGGGAGCAAACUACCGGAAUUUGUCGACAAAGUGUCGGAGCUGGUGAAGAACACCUUCCAGGCCCCGUUGAAAACCUUACUCAGUAACAACAUUCUCGCCAGUAUGAUUGCGAUGCUUGGGAAGGGCUUUUGCCGCAUCGUGGUGAUGGCGUUUCAAGCGGCCAUGCCCUUUGUCAGCACGGCGGCGACUACCGCGGGUAACGCGAUGCUUGGGGAAGCCAACAUGAAGAUGAUUACGAGCGCUGCGUCCACGGUGAUGCCGUGGCUGAUUUCGAAUUUCCUGUACGAAGCAACCCCAAUCCACAACGCGUUGAAAAUAUGCAAUGCAAAUAUGUCUGGAUCUGGAAGAGUGCAACUUGUGAUGCUGCAUUUGGAUGCUGAAAAAAAUCUGUAUUGCAUGAGGAGCGAGAUGAGUCAAAUUUGGCUACGCGGAGAGGGCAUUUGUCAUGCGGGAUGCGCAUCGAUAAGCGCGGAAAAAACCUGUGAUGCGAGAGCAUACAUCACAGACGUCAUGGAUUAUGGAAAAUGUGCAUAACAAACAGACAUAUUUGCAUUCAAUAGAAAAUGCUCGUUGACAAGCUGCUCGCGGACGAAACGAUCAAGGGCAUUUUUGACGCGGUCGCCGAAUUAUGAGAGUGCACAACUCCGCCUCCCUCUGAUUCGUAUUGCAUGAGCAGCAAUAGAAACACCAGCGCACAUGGAGCCUGCGCAUGACAAGCUCAUGCGCGUCAUGUAGUACUGUUUAGGCUUUCAGAAUCUGUCAUGCAUAAUAGUAACGCAAGGGAGCACUUGGAUACUCAUGGGAUUUUGCAUGAGAAAUGAGAACGAGGGGGAGUUGUGCACUGUUAUACGAAGUGAUGAAGCAGCUGAAGGGCAUUGGCGCGUUUUCCCUGUUCACCGACGCGUUAGAAGAGGCUUGGAACUCGAUUAAGUCGAAACUGACCGGGGCAGAUUUGCCGAGCGAAGAAGUGACAAAUGAGGUCGAGGCGGAACACGAAAAUGCGCUGAGUGCCCUGAUAUAA